GCUGUCUCUGUCGUCUUGUCUUCUCUCAAAAACUGCAACUCAACAACUUCCAUUUGAAAAAUCAAUUCAUACGCAGAGAGGGGGAAGGAGAGAGAUGAGCGUGAUAGACUUGAUCACAAGAGUAGACACUAUUUGCAGGAAAUAUGACAAGUACGACGUUGAUAAGCAGAGAGAACUCAACGUCGCCGGCGAUGACGCCUUUGCUCGUCUCUACGGCGUCGUUGAGGCAGAACUUGAGGCUACUCUUCAGAAAUCGGAGGCUGCAGCGACGGAGAAGAGUAGGGCAACGGCGGUGGCGAUGAAUGCGGAGAUUCGAAGAACGAAGGCUCGAUUUCUUGAAGAACUCCCCAAAUUACAGAGGCUUGUUUUCAAAAAGGUGAAAGGCCUUUCAAAAGAAGAGCAGGAGGCUCGAAACGAUUUAGUUUCUGCUCUGAAAGAUAGAAUUGAAGCAAUACCAGAUGGGUCAACGACUGCAGCUAAACAAACUGGCGGCUGGGCACCUUCCACCUCGGGGACAGGAAUUAAAAUUGACAGGAAUUCAGAUGGCAGUUACGAGGAUAAUGAUGAAUACUUUCAACGUACCGAAGAAUCAGACAAGUUCAGAAGCGAGUAUGAAAUGCGAAAAAUGAAACAGGAUCAAGGAUUGGAUGUUAUUGCAGAAGGGUUGGACACAUUGAAAGACAUGGCACAUAACAUGAAUGAGGAAAUAGACAGACAAGUACCGCUGAUGGAUGAAAUAGAUGAAAAGGUUGACAGAGCAACUUCAGACCUGAAGAGCACUAAUGUGAGGCUCAAGGAUACCGUAAACCAGUUGAGAUCUAGUCGCAACUUCUGCAUCGAUAUCAUCCUGCUCUGCAUAAUUCUAGGAAUUGCAGCCUACUUAUACAAUGUGCUGAAGUGAUGUGCAAGUUUGUGCAACCAGAGUGGCUUAAAUUUAACACGUUUUUUUUUUUUUUUCUUUAAAUCUUUCUUGAAUAUUGAUCGUUAAGGAGUUACUCUUAGAGUCUUGUUUUAUAUUACAUAUAUAUAUAUAUAUAUAUAUCGAAAAGAACAUAUACACACAUAUUAGUGUAUAUGCAUGUAUGUCUACUAGAGGUACAAUGCAGUUAUAAUAGUGCACAAGUAUUGUGGUCUAAUUUCUUCAAUCUACUUUUGUAAGCAUAAUAAUAAAGUCAUAUUUUCUAGUCCCUGGAGAACAUCAUCAA